AUGGUCAGAUUUCCUCCAUCUCCUCUGAUGGAAGAUCUGUUCGCUCAAAUGAUCAAUGGCUUUUGUGAAGACAUCAACAAGGACAAAUUCUUAAAAUCUGCUUGUGUGGUGUGUGGUCAAUUGUGUCUCACUUCAACUUUCUCCACACUGUCAGAUUGUGACAUAGACCUCCGAAUACUAAUGCCCACCACAAAAGCGAUGACCAGGAAGGAGCGAGGAAGUAUCCAAGAUCCAAUAGCAGAGCUGAAAGGACCAGUCAUCCUACCAACUUGUGAUCAUGUUUGUGCAGAAUGUCUACGUGAUCUUGAAAAAGGUUCACUCUCGACGGAUGCUCUAGCUAAUGAUCUUUGGAUUGGAGAGAUCCCUUUUCAAUUGCGAGACCUAACCUGGUGUGAGAAAAUGCUUACAUCAAGGGUCAAGCACAACUACUGCAUAAUUCAGGUCAAGGUAUCAGGUAUGUGGAAAAUGUGUGCCAAUGCCAUAUGCCAUUCUGUGCCAAUGCCCAAGAUUUACUGA